UGUUGCUCUGCCACUCUCCUGGGGGAAGAUGAGGGGAGAAGGGGGAGAGGGAGAGAAUACCAGAUAGAGGAUAUGGACAGUCUAACACACUAGCUACUGUACCUUUCCUCUGAUGAAAGCAAAUUCAUAUUGCAUCAUAUGGGCUUGAAAAAAGGGAAAUGGGGAGAAGAACCCACAUCUCACCGUAUAGCUUCCGCCCCUCUCUGGUGUCCAUGGAAACACUACUAACACACAUGUUUAGCAGCUGGCUGUCCAGUGGCUUGACGGUUCAAACAAGAGAAGACAGUAGCUAGCCUGCAAGUUACACAUUUAGCGACUUCGAAGUUGCAGAAAGAUCUCCAGGUCUUAUGGACGUACCUGCCAGGGAUAGUCCUUCAGAGGAAGUCUCCAUCUCAUCCUUUCAUUCUGAAUAUCCUCCAGACGACACUUGGAAAGAUGAGGAAACAGGAGAUGAAGGCACAAGAGCGGAGACCUUCAGAGAGGACCCAGCACAACCAACGGAUGCAGCAGAGUUGUCUUUAGAGUUAGAUGCUACUAACUGUGCGGAUAAUGAUGACGACCUUGGAGAGGAUGGCGGACGUAGUGGAAAGAAGAGUUAUGCUGAGACAGCACGGAUGUUCAAGCUGAGAAGAAACCUGGACCAGCUGGACUGCUUCCACCGACAGAAGGAGCACAACGUGCUGAAAGCCAGAGAGGAGCUCAAAGUUUGCCGUCUGCAUAUUUCUGAGCUGGAGAGGCAGAGAGCUCGAGUGGAAGAGGAGAUAGAGCAACAGAAAGAGGACGACAACAGCGCCCAUUUGUUUUCAUGCAGUGCGGCCGUGUUUCGCCUCCGAGCCCAGCACAAGCGCCUGUGUCAGGAGUUACAGCAAGAGGAGGAGCUGGAGUCACAUGUGGCCACCACUCUGAGGGAACAUGAACUGGAAAUGUGUCAGGUGGAGGUGGAAAUGGGUCGUUUCUCCCUCCUCCGUGUGGAGGUGCAGGAGGAGGAGCAGGCCUACCAGGCACUGCAGGCCCAGAGAGGGGAGGCCAGGCUGCAGAAGGAGUACACCUCCACCCAGAGCCUGCAGCUCCGGACACAGUGCCUCAAAGCGAGGCAGGCGGCCACACAGAAGGAAGAGGAGACGGACUAUCAGAGGACCACAGAGCUGGCGCAGGCUAGCCGCCAGAAAGCAACGCUGUAUCUAAAAGAGACUAUCAACAGGAUGCAUCGGGAAGAGGCAGAGAACGAGCAGCAGAGUCGAGAGCUGAGGCAGAAAAGGAUGCAGGCAGUCCUGUCAUUGAAGGCCAACAUUGCAUGCACCCAAGAGAGCCUGCGCGCCCAACAGACGAGGGCCAGAGCCCAGGCUUGGAGACAAGAGGAGGAGGAGAGACAGCUGAGGGAGUCCCUACAGACACAGGGUAUCAACAGCACCAAGUACAUGUACCAACAGAAAAAGCUCCAGGAAUUCCACCGAAAGAAAGAAGAAUUUCAGGAGAAGCAGAAAUCCAAACGGGUGGAAAUUGUCUCCAAGUUACUGCUGGAAGAGGAGUUGUUAGAGAGACGUAAGAGGCACCAUGCUCUCCUGUUACCUCCCACCCAGAGGUUGGAGAGGUUGGCAGGGCAGGAGAAAUCUCCAGAGAAGCUCCUUCAGAGCCUUGAUCCACAGCCGGCAAAAACAAAGGAAGAGGAAAGAAAACGACAGGACACAGUGUUUAGUGACAGCAGCUCUUCAUCAGAGCUUUCUGACCAGGAGGAGAGCAGGGACCUGGAGGAGGAGCAGGGCCUCACUGACAGCCUGGCGCAGCCUGAGUUCACUGGCCUCUGGGACCAGACACGUCAAGUUCACCAGAGCACUCCAAAUGAAGAUGCUAAAUCAUUACAGUCGCGAGCAGAGAGACGAGAUAUGUCUUUGCUGCCGGUGGGGAAACCUCCAGUGGCUGGUAAAAGAGUUAUACAGGGGAAGGAAUUUAAAGGCUCACCUUUCAUCAGCAAGCCAGAAAUCAUCCUCUUCAAGGAUUUUGAUGUGGGACAGGUGUACAAGAAGAAGGUCACCUUGACUAAUGUCAGCUACACAACCAAUUAUUGCAAGUUACUUGGUGUCACCAUGGAUCUGAUGGAUUUCAUUUCUAUAAGCUUUGAGCCUCCUGGUCCAAUAUCAGCUGGGAUGGCCUGUGACAUGCAGGUCAUUUUUCAACCAAUGAUGAAUAAGGAUUUGAAGGGAGAGGUCCAGUUUGUGUCAGCAGCUGGCCCCUUCUCUGUGCCCAUCAGAUGUACCAUUAAGAAAUGUGAUCUGUCUGUGGACAUCGACCUCAUUGUCUUUGGUACCCACGUGGUGGGCCAGACCAUUUCCCGGGCUAUCACCCUGACCAACAAGGGGGCCCUGGGGACAUGCUUCACCCUGGUCUCCUCCCCCUGCCCUAGCCUAGCGCAGUCCCAGCUCCAAGCCCAGGCUCAUGCCUUGUCUGAGGCCUCCUCCGCCAGCACCGAGCUUUCACAGGAAAGGAGCACUUCAAUAGCAGCAGCCUCUGACAGCCAGGAGAGCCCUGCAUCACGGGACUCAGGAGAACUCAAAUCAGAGAGGAAGAGUCAGGAACCCUUGCUAGUCUCAGACUCCAAACAAUCAGGGGCCCAGACACCUGCUGUGUCAGAGACCCUGGGCGGUGUGGAGGCUGCCUCAGGAAGACGCAGCCUGGCCUCAGAGCAGCAGGUGGGAGGCCCGGCCCUCAAGGCCAGCACGGAAGAGCCCUCAGACAGCAGCAGUGACAUCACCAUCGGAGAGGUCAGAGAGGGGGAGGUGGGCCCGUUUGAAAGUGUCAAGUUGGAGAUUGUAUUCACACCCACCGUACCAGGGGAGUCUAAGUUGGACUUCCACAUCAAGUUCUCCGACCCAACCUGUGAACCAAUAUCCAUUGGGGUCCGAGGGACGGCUGUGUGCGUGCCUGUGUGGGUGGCCCAGCCAAGCAUUGUCCUGAAGAUCUGCAUGUUCGAUCGCCUCUAUCAAGACAGUAUCGUGGUCCAAAGCAGAGCGAGCACAGCUCUUCGGCUGACAUUCAAGGUGUGUCCGGAGCUGAGGAACCACAUGGAGAUCCUGCCUAAGACCGGCUACAUCCAGGCCAGGUCCAGCUUCAACGCGAAGCUUAAGUUCCUGCCCAGACGUUCCUUGUUCGAGGAUGCAAAAACGUUUUUUGACAGUGAAACAGGAGUGCUGGAAGUCCCCUUGACAGUGCAAGUGGCUGAUCAGGUCCGGCCUGUUCCAUUCACGGUCCAUGCAGUCAUCACCUCCUCUGACCUGUGCUUUGACCGGACAGAGGUGGACUUUGGCCACUGCUCCAUCUACGAAUCAGUGAAGACCAGCGUGCACCUCACAAACCUAACCCUCCUGCCCCAGGACUUUGGCUUUCUGAGCAUACCUCAGUUUGUGCAGGUCCAGCCCAACGACGGCUUCGGCACUCUCCUCCCAAUGGAAACCUUGGAGGUGGAUUUGAUCUUUAGCGCCAAGAAGGCAGGAGAGUACAGCUUUCAGCUUAACUGCAAAUCUGGAAUUAACAGAGACUUCCCCCUGUCAUGUCGUGCAGUCGGGGUGCACCCUCCGCUAGAGCUGUCUCACUCUCUGGUCCAGUUCGGAGCCACGGCGGUUGGUGACUGUUCCACAGCCGUGCUGCACGUGGUCAACGCACACACCAGCCUCAACGAGUUCACACACCCCGUGCCCCGCAUUGGCCGGGACCCUGUUGCCCCGUUGGGCCCCCGGCUGUUCGCCUUCACUCCCCCCGAAAACUCAGAGAUUAGCCUCACCCCCAGGACAGGCAAGGUCUUACCUGGACAGAGGUGCCUGGUGCAGGUGACAUUCAGGCCCAGGUUGUGUGACCAGGCCAUAAGGGAAGAAGCGGUGCGGCUGCUGUGUCGCUCCGAAGAGCUGCGCCUCCACGAGCUAGAGAGGGUUUCCAAGGCUGAGGGGAACAGGAAGGGAGGAGAGCAGGAGGGGCUGUGUAGAAGGGAGGCCCCUACGGCCCCCCAGAAAGGCAAGAAGCCACCCCCCGCCCGGCCCCAGGCGAAGCAGACCCUGAAGGAGAAGAUCAGCAAAGUGUCCAUCAGCCCCAAAACAGACAGCCCCUUCAGAGCCCCCAACCCAGCCGACAUACAGUCAGGAUCAGAGGAGUACGCUGUAGGCAGGGCCUCCCUCCUGCACUCCUUCCCUGAGCACUACAGUCGAUACGUCAUCCCUUGCUUCGUGUCCGACGGAGAGCCACCCCAGAGUGACCCCCAGGCCCAGCCAUCCUGCAGCAGCCCCCUCAACACGCUGUACCUGGAGCUGCAUUGCCCAGCCAUUAGGCCCCCCCUGGUGGUCACAUCCAGUAAUGGCCAGACCACCAUCAACUACCACCAGGUGGCUGUGGGACAGAAAGUGGUCAAAAAGCUCACUGUUCAGAAUAUUUCUCAGGAAGCCUUGGAGCUGAGGUCCUCAGUGCUGGACCUGAGUGGUCCGUUCUCUCUCCUAAAUGCUCUGAGACGGCUGGGACCUGGAGCCACACACACAUUGUUACUGGCCUUCACACCCGCACUGGGAAAAAGGUACCGCGAGACUGUGGAGAUCCACAGCCCAAACAUGACCAUGGAGAUCACGCUAUGCGGGGUGGGAGUGGAUCCUCUUCUCACCUCCUCCCACCAGGGUGGCCUCAUGGACUUUGGCUUCAUGUUGGAGAAGGAGAGAGCCUCCCAGGUCUUUAAGCUGCAGAACACGUCAUCUCUGGCGGUGCGCUUCUCUGUGCUGCUGCACAGCCUGUCGCUGGGGUGUAAAGCCCUGAGUGGAGCAGACGCUUUCCCUGCCCUCCUCAGCCCAGGCCCAGAGGAACAGACACACUCCACUGUGGGGACCCAGAACUACAGUGGUCAGAGCGUGUUCAAUGUGACGCCCAUAGAGGGCACCAUCGCCCCAGGAAAGAGCCAGGACAUCACUGUGACCUUCCUGCCAGACCACGAGAGCCUCCACUACUCGGACAUACUGAAGGUGGAGCUCAUGAACAAGAGCACAGUGUGUGUCAUGGUGCUGAAGGGUGCAGCUCGCUCUCACAUCAUGUACCUGUGUGGAGGAGACCCACUGGCAGUUCCCACUGAUGCCGUUCACCCUCUGCCAGCCUCCGGGGACUCUGAGCACACAGUAGACUGUGAGAAGCCCCCUCUCCCUGUGCUGCUCACCCUUAGAGGCGUCUACAGAGAGGGGGCCAUGAGCCCAGCGGUCAGAGAGCUGGAGGUGGGCUGCAUCUGCUCCACACAGCCUAUGGCCAAAAAGAACGUGGAGUUCAGCUGGGAGGGGCUUCAGGCACUGCAACAGAGGGGCUUCACCGUGGAGCCGACCAGGGGCACGGUGGACGCCGGCCACAGACGCACCAUCACUGUGACCUGGACUCCUCCUUGUGGCCUUAAGCCGAAUGAGGUGGUGCAGAUGUGUGCGCCCCUCACCCUGAGAGGAGACGAGACAGAGGUAUACAGUGUCACCAUGCUGGCCUUGGCUUCCAGAGCUAGUCAAGACCCUUCACACACAAACUAACCAAUAUGCAAACAUAUAGAACACUUCACACAGUAACCAAUAUCCAAAGACACAGAACACUUCAGAUGGGACUGGAGGAAAAUUAACUCAUUGUUAUAUGUUUAAAUAUUGUUUAAAUACUUCAGUGUAAUAUACGAGUGUGGACAAAAUGUCCCUUGUCAUGGUACUUAUUGGAAAUAAUAUGAAAUGUUUUAAAGCAUAAUUUUUAAGGCACUUUGUGGACAAGUUAUAUGGAUAUGGGUUAUUUUAUAAGCAGAAAUAUUGUGGAAAGAAUAUUGAAAAACAUUGACAACAAUGCAUUUCAAUAAAUACCUAUGGGCAUAAUCACAUAAUCAGCCUUUGAUCAUUAUUGGGGGACUAUCUCAAACUCAAAUUAGACGAUAGCCCCUGUUCUAGGCUGGUUUCACCACCAGGGGGCAGAAUACACCAAUGUUGUUAAUUAACAAACUAUAGUUUGGGUAGUCGGUUAGGACAUCUACCUUGUGCAUGACACAGGUAAAUUUUCCAACAAUUGUUUACAGACAGAUUAUUUCACUUAAAAAUUCACUGU